CGGGGCCUGGGGCUGCAGAGCGGCGGCGCCAUGAGCUCCAUCGGCACCGGGUAUGACCUGUCGGCUUCCACGUUCUCUCCAGAUGGCAGAGUGUUUCAAGUGGAAUAUGCUAUGAAAGCUGUGGAGAACAGUAGUACAGCAAUUGGGAUAAGGUGUAAAGAUGGAGUUGUCUUUGGAGUAGAAAAACUAGUUCUGUCCAAGCUUUAUGAAGAGGGUUCCAAUAAGCGUCUCUUCAAUGUYGAUCGACAUGUUGGAAUGGCGGUAGCAGGACUCCUGGCAGAUGCUCGCUCCUUGGCAGACAUUGCUAGAGAGGAGGCUUCUAACUUUAGGUCCAACUAUGGCUAUGAUAUCCCACUGAAGCAUCUUGCAGACAGAGUGGCCAUGUAUGUGCAUGCAUACACGCUAUACAGUGCUGUCAGGCCUUUUGGUUGCAGUUUUAUGUUGGGGUCUUACGAUAAGGAUGAUGGUGCACAACUGUACAUGAUUGAUCCAUCAGGUGUUUCAUACGGUUACUGGGGCUGUGCUAUUGGUAAAGCCAGGCAGGCUGCAAAAACAGAAAUUGAAAAACUUCAGAUGAAGGAAAUGACCUGUCGUGAUGUUGUUAAAGAGGUUGCAAAAAUAAUCUACAUAGUUCAUGAUGAAGUAAAGGAUAAAGCCUUUGAAUUGGAGCUCAGCUGGGUUGGAGAAAUAACCAAUGGAAAACAUGAAAUUGUUCCCAAAGAUAUCAGGGAAGAAGCAGAAAAAUAUGCCAAGGAAUCUUUGAAAGAGGAGGAUGAAUCAGAUGAUGACAAUAUGUAACAUAUUGUUACAUCAAGACAAGUUCAACUUUUCUUAACUUAGUACAGGUUUGUUUAUAAUGUAUUAACCAUGGAAUGCCAUUAUGUACUUGCUGGAAGAUACUGACCAACUUGCACUAAUAAAUUUUCCAUUUAACUCUCUGUUAACUUUUACUUCAAAGUAGCAUAGAUUGAUAUUACUCAGAAGCAACUGUACCACAAGUUAGUUGAUCUGUAUCAAAAUGGAAGAAAAAUUUUGUUUGAGACUGGUGGCAGUGAAAAAAUAGUCUGCCUAGGAUUGACAAGUUAGUCAUUCUCUCAUAUUCCAUAGUUUAAAAAAUAGCACUUGACUACUCCCUGCAUAACCUGUAUUGUGACUUGCCAUUCAGACAGCCAAAACCUACCUCUGGCAGCUCAGGGUGGGGAAAAAUGAGAACAUAGCUCUGUAGAAGAGCUGGUUACAGCUGGCAUGGGCAGUGUUCAGGAAAAGGAAUUUUGUUCUGGUGUAAUUUUUGAUCUGCUCUAGGCUUAAACCUAGGAUUUUCUGAAGAAUAGAAGAAACAAAAACUUCAAGUCAGGUUAAAAAUAGUAUUUUUGAGCCCUAAAGAUUUCAGAUUAAAUUAAAUAACUUGGAAUUAAUGCUUGAAGGGCUAAACCAGUCUCAAGAGCUAAACCAACRUUAAUUAAGAGCAGAGCCAAGAUGCUCUCCCACAGAAGCAGGGCUUGGCUCCUGCCUCUAAAAUUAAAAUUAGCUUCUAUUGUUGGUCUGAAAAUUGUUGACUUUGCUUUACAGUGAAACGUGACAAAGCAUCACAAGGUCAAGAACUGUGUUCUCAGCAGGGGGAAGAUUUCUGAGUCAGAGAUUUGAGCAAGAGAUGAUGCUGACUUUUGCAUCUGUGAUUACAUCUGCCCAAAGCACUGGAAAAGUUUAAAUUUGAAAAUAUCAGAAAAACAGUUAGAUUCAUACAAGACACCACCUUUUUGCUUCAGUUUUCAAGUAGUCUACGGAGUCCAGACUCUGGCCAUUUAUGGGAAUACAGAAUAGGGCAGAACAUUAAAUACUCACUUGGAAUGCAUAGCUGUAGCACUUGCCARGUUGAAGCACACAACUUCAGAGUUUUAAUACCAUACACUAUUGCUCCAGACCCAAACCAUGUGUUUAGAAGAGCAUCAGAAAAAAAAAAAGAUUCCUCAACCACCUUGUUUCUUAGCUAAAAAAAUCCUUCUACCAAAAGAUACGUGUUGGGAGUGCACAGAUCCARUAAUGAGCUAAGUAGAAUGUAUGCCAAGAUGCUUCUUGUCCUUAAGUCUCACACGUCACCUUACUAUUACUUAUUCUUCCUCUGAUGAAUCAUUACUCUGAUAUUUAAUAGGAGUGGGCAUGACUAAAUAAUUAUAACAACAGGAAGCAUGACAGCAAGUCCACACACAGAAGCUUUGCUCAAGAAAUUAAAAGAGGAACACAGGUGAACUCUGCAGGAGCAAAAAUACAUUCACUAGUAUCUAGUUUACAUUCUCGUGUAUGAAUGCACCACAAAAGAUUUCAGAGUAUGCAUUGGGACUUACACUGUUUAAAAAAAUCAUGUUAGGACUGCAGCAGUGGAAUCAAUUUCCAUUAUUUGUACUGCUUUUACACAGCCUUGAAAACUAGUAUUUCAGAUGGUAUCUUAUUCACAAGUGACUAAUACUGCUGAUGAAGCUAGGGUAAGAUUGUGCUAUUUGGAAAGAUGCAAGUAUUAUCCAUACUAAACAGGUUUCUGGCAGGGUAGCUGUACGUAAGGAUUUCCCCAAAUAAAUGUGCAUAUAACUUAUCUGUAUUUGGUGAUGACUCUCAGAAGGGAAAUAUUUCAAACAAUGUCUCAUGUAGAUGUGACAUCUACAUAUGCCAAACAUAAGUCAUUUGUUAUUUCUUUACCCCACCAAAAGUAACUACCUAGCUUAAGGUUAAAACUUCACCCACUUGAUGCAUAGCUGUGCGUAUAGACAUAUCAAYGUCUGAGAUGCUCUCUGGCUCUGUAGCCUAGGUCACCUGAAAAGCAGCAGCUUUAAGCUAAAACUAUAACCAUGAAAACAAACAGUAAAUACAGCUGAUAAAUGGGUAAGAUGUAUAGCUGAAAGUCAAGAUAAUUAUUACCUUUUUAAAAAGUGCAAAGUUUCAGGAUCCUAAAGAGAACAAGAAGACAUUAGUUUUCAGAGAAAUUUUGAAACAGUGCUAAAAGAUAACUCUUCUCCCCCCCCCCACCUUCCUUCAAUCCCAUCUGUCUGUAAGACAAAAGACAGGACUAGUUUUUCUUUCUCCACCCAUCAGUUUUUCAAGUUACAGGUAGCAAAGGAAGUUGCUUUCACUUCAGUCCUGAGGGCUAUUUUGAGACACCAACUCCUUUUAACUUAAAGCUCUUGCUACCUAUUACUUCCAAUUAUACAAAGAAGCAGAAAACAGGUUGUAGAAGAGUUAAGGGUGUAAUGUUACUGUCUCUCCAAUAAAUACUCUGGAAUUUGAGAGCAUGGAAUCUACAACCAAGCUCCAAAGUCUGCCAUUUGAAGAUGUGCUAAACAACCACCAUGCAGUGUUCCUUGGCCUACAGUACACUGCUAUUAAAGGACUCUGAAACAGUUGUUUAAAAAUGGUUCCUA